GAAUAAAAACCCUUGGAAAGAAGAUAAACGUCAUAUUGUUGAAAAUGGAUUUGUUAUUGGCAAAGCUAAAAUAGGUUUUGUCAUUUAAAAAAUCAUUCAUUGGAAAAUAAGUGGCAAAAUCAGAUGUUAAUAUGAGCAGCAAGGAACCGCAAGAUAGAAAUAAACCAACCAACGGGAAGGAGAGGUCCAGGUCGCGCUCGCCUAGGCUCAAAGAGCAGAAGCCUGAUAAAAAACUAGACAAUGUAGGAUUGUCAGCCAAGAAUCGACUGAAAAGCAUGAGCAUUCAGAUGAAGCUCGGUUCAACAAAAUCAGGGGGCGAUACUAAACCCAAGUUGAGCGUAGCCGCCGCAUUUAAUCAGGAUAGCGAUGAAGAACCAGAACAGAUGCCACCGGAAGCACGAAUGCGUAUGAGGAAUAUUGGGAGGGAUACGCCCACGUCGUCGGGACCUAAUUCGUUCGGUAAAACCAAGCACGGAUUUUCAGACGCCAAAAAGAUAUUCGAGAAGAACCUUAAAGAGGCUAUGGACAGUGCUAGAGCCGACGAUUGAAAGGUUCAAACGUGAUAAAGGAGUUUUUGUGAAAAUUUGUUUAUAAUUAUUAGUAAUACUGCAAUGAUGUAUUUCAAUCUUAAAUUUCACAUAGUUGUUAGUGACCAGUGUAGGUGGAAGUUUGUAAUUGUUUUGUUUUGAUAUUGUAUGUGAAGCCAGGCUAAUUUUGAUUGAUUAUUUUGGGCGUAUCCUGGAGAAAAUAUCAAUUUUAAUAAAAAAUAACUGGUG